AUGGCGGGGAAGGCCUUGGUCCUGCUGGCCGUCUUCGCGGAGGCCUCAGCGAGGUCCUGCACGCCAAACAAAGCAGAUGUCAUUCUUGUGUUUUGUUAUCCCAAAACUAUCAUCACCAAAAUCCCGGAGUGCCCCUACGGAUGGGAAGUGCACCAGCUGGCCCUCGGGGGGCUGUGCUACAACGGGGUCCACGAAGGCGGCUACUACCAGUUUGUCAUCCCAGACUUAUCGCCUAAAAACAAGUCCUACUGCGGAACCCAGUCUGAGUACAAGCCUCCCAUCUACCACUUCUACAGCCACAUUGUUUCCAACGACAGCACAGUGAUUGUGAAGAACCAGCCCGUGAACUACUCCUUCUCCUGCACUUACCACUCCACCUACCUGGUGAACCAGGCUGCCUUUGACCAGAGAGUGGCCACCGUGCACGUGAAGAAUGGGAGCAUGGGCACAUUUGAAAGCCAGUUGUCUCUCAACUUCUACACCAACGCCAAGUUCUCCACCAAGAAAGAAGCCCCCUUUGUCCUGGAGACAUCUGAAAUUGGUUCAGAUCUAUUUGCAGGAGUGGAGGCCAAAGGGUUAAGCACUAGGUUUAAAGUGGUCUUGAACAGCUGCUGGGCCACUCCGUCAGCCGACUUCAUGUAUCCCCUCCAGUGGCAGCUGAUCAACAAGGGCUGCCCCACAGAUGAGACAGUCCUCGUGCAUGAGAAUGGGAAGGAUCACAGGGCAACCUUCCAGUUCAACGCCUUCCGGUUCCAGAACAUUCCCAAACUCUCCAAGGUUUGGUUACACUGUGAGACAUUCAUCUGUGACAGCGAGAAGCUCUCCUGCCCUGUGGUGAGCCUCCUCUCUGUGAAGUGA